AUAUGGAUGACCAAACUUGUUGAGCACUUCUUUCCUUUCGUCUGAAGGCGAAGAAGGAUAGGACAGUUCUCUCCUCUCGUCUCCUGGCGUCAGUCUUCUUUGGAAAUUAAUGAGAUGAUGAUGGAUCAUGGUUCUUAUGGUUAUGGAGGAGGAUCUUCGCCUUCACCUUCCAAUUUAUCCGCUUUAGCUCCUCCUUUCACGGUUGAUCGGUCUGUACCAAAAUUGGGAUCGAACCCACUUGUUGAUUUGACUGAACCAGCUUAUGCUGUUUCCUUCAAUCCCUCUUUGCAUAAUUGGCUUGGCCCUAACCCCCCAAAUUCCAGACCCAAUUAUUUUUCUAUUUCAAGCCCAGAAUUUGAUUCAGUGCCUUCCUCAAAUGCAUAUAGGUAUUCUUCAUCCAAUACCCAUGUGCCUCCUUUGAACCCUUCUGCCUCGGGCUCAACUGAUACUUUUCCUUAUGGCCAAGGAUCAACUAGUCUUCUUGAAGCAGAACCAUAUUAUUCUUCCUAUGUUUCACCAACAAUUGGCAGUGAUGGUCCCUUGGGGCUCUCCCACCAUUCUGGUUAUGAUUUAUUGUCUACUUCUCAUGUUACUACAUCCAAUGGUUCCUCUCAUGACGAUUACACCCAAAAUUUGUCUGGUUUGGAGCAUGUGGCCCAGUGGGGUGGCUUGUGGGAGGGACUCCCUGAUUGGCAGCAGAGUGAACAGGUGCAACUUGAUGGAAGUUUCUGCUCUAAGGAGAAAUUUAUUAAUCAAGGGUUAUAUGCAUCUGAUGGUAUGAGCAAGUAUGAAGAAGCUUCUUGUAGCAUUGAUACAGUUGGUGGGGAAAAUCACUGUGAGUCUGCAGGCAUAGGACUGUUGGAUUAUUCUGCCAAGUUCAAGCCUACUGACUAUCCAAUGACUUCAAGCUCAGCAUCUACUUUGCUAGUUCCAGAAACCUGUCCUCUUAAGGCACCAUCCCUAAAAGCUGUUGGUUCUUGGAACCAUCAACUGCCAUACAGUGCUUCACAUGAAAAAUGCUUCAGAAAGCAUGAUGCUAGUUCAAGUGAUAUUUCAAAAGUCAAGAAUUCUUCCUACACUGUUGUCAUUAGACCUCCAGAUACAAGUUCAUUUAAAAAUAUGAAUACUAGCCGUGAUGAAGAUAAUAAAGAUUUUGCUGGUAGCAAACUCUAUUUUAUGAAGGAACCUCAUCCAUUUAUAAGCUCUGGAUGCAAUGUUCAAUUUGAUGCUAGCCCAGUUAGCUUCCACCUCGAACAAAGUGAUCAGGUCAUUUCAGAACUUUCCUCAGCAAAAAAAGAAGAGCUGUCAAGCUAUGGAAGUGUUUCCAUGGAAGCUUUGGAUCAUCUUUCCAGGGAAAAAUCUGGAAUUCAAGUUCAUCAUAGAAGUCCAGAUGGCUCCAAUAUAGUACUUGAUAUAAAUGAACCCAUGAAUCCUAUAAAGAAUUAUUCUGAGAGUUUUGAUCAUUACAACUCAGCAGUAGACUCUCCAUGCUGGAAAGGGGCCCCAGUUUCUCAUUUUUCUGAGUUUGAAGUUUCUGAGGCUGUUCCUCCACAGAAUAUGAAAAAGUUAGAGGCUUGCUGCGGCUCAAAUAUUCAAGGCCGUCAAAUUUUCAGUCUGAAUGCCAAUGAUUCUUCAAAAAUAUCUCCUGAAAAUUCAAGUGAAAGCUCUGUACAACAUGAUGGUUGGGGUAUGGAAAGUCGUUUAGUUGAUUCUCUGAAGAGGCCGUUGGUAGCUAAUAUGCAGCUUAGGGAAGGAAUUGAUGAUACUGUGAAAUCUGGACCCCAUACUACAAAUCCUAGCAGUUUCCAUGGUCUUAAAAUUUCUGAGGAUGCCUUGUCAAGCAAAGCAAUUGAUAGUUCUAAUCAUAAACGUCCUUGCAAUGACAAAAAAAGUUGUGAACUUAAAUGGGCAUCUGAAAAAAAUUGUGUACCAGGGGUUGGUGUUGCUGACUUUGGGAUGAAUAUGAAUGAUGAUGCUGAUGAUUGUUCCUCUCAUGUGCCAUUCCAUGCUAUAGAACAUGUAUUAUGUUCACCACCUUCUGCAGAUGAUGUUCCUACUAAGCUCAAAUCACAUGAAGGAGAAUCAACACAGAAGAUGUAUGUUAGAACACUGAUUGAAACCAUCAUGAACUUGUCAGAGUUGCUUGUAUUUCACUUUUCAAAUGACACAUGUGAAGUGAAGGAAAAUGAUUAUGAGGCUCUUAAAGAUGUGAUUGAUAAUCUUAAUCUGUGUGUUCUGAAGAAUGUGGAGAGAAUGACUUCAACACAAGACUCUUUGAUUCAUCAGAAAGUCAGUUCUCAACUUGGAAAGUCAUCUAAGCUUCGGAAGGAUUCAAAUGUGAAUGGUUCUCAGAUAUCUGGAAUUGAUCCUCUUAAUUCUGAAAGCCCAGUCAAGUAUCAUCAAGUCCAGGAGGGGGAGUAUAAAAUCAAUUCUGGAAAGAAUGAUGGGAAAUUGCCAUAUUUUGAGUCUACAAGGACUGCUGCAGACAUAUUGAAAAGUGAAAACAUGACCCGGGCUAUUAAGAAGGCUCUUAGUGAGAAUUUUCAUGGCAAGGAAGAAAGCGAUCCGCAAGUUAUUUUGUACAAGAAUCUGUGGCUUGAGGCAGAAGCUUCACUGUGUUCAGCUAGUUGUAUGGCACGCUUUCAUCACAUGAAGAGUGAGAUGGAUAAACUGAACUCGCAAAAAGUUAGUGGUUUACCAGAAAAUACUGUGGUUAUGGAGAAACCAUCAGAGUCCAAGGUUUCUUUGAAGCCAUUCACAAACAAGAUGUUGUCAUCUGAUACGAAGGAUAGCCCUCUCCCAGAUACUUCUGUUUCGGAGUCAUCUAUCUUAAGCACAAGCAGCCAUGCAGAUGAUGUUACUGCCAGAUUUCAUAUCUUAAAAAGCCAAGUUAACAGCUCUAAUACUUUGAAUACUUCAGGUGUGGAUAAAACAUUAGGUUCUGCAGAGAAGUCUGAUCAUGUAGUUUCUCCCAAUUCAGAAGAUGUUGACAAAUUAGAAUGUGAAGACACAGAUGGCCAAAAGCCAGAUGUAUCCAUCCAGGAUUCCUCUUUAUCAAGUAUUAUCAAUCCUGUGGAUGAUGUUGAAGCUUCUGUUAUGGCAAGAUUCCACAUACUCAAAUGUCGGGUCGACAAUCUGAAUACUGUGGAUAGAGGAGAGCACGAGAGAGCAAGUGAUGAUCUUGGUCUUGGAUAUGCAGGUUUGGGAAGGCGGUGGGCAGUUGAUCGAGGUGGAUCAAUGGACAGAAUUCUGGAUGUAAAUAUGGAACCUCAGUCACAAAAUAAUGCCUGUAGCUCCAGCGAAGACAAAUCGACUAUCAAGGAAUUUCAGCUAUUUGUCAAGGAUGAUCCAGUGACCCAGUCUCGCAGGAUCAAUAGGCUAGGGGAUCAUUCUCAUGCAAGCUUUCCUGAGGGCUCAUCAGAUUGGGAACAUGUAUUGUUAGAGGAGCUGGUGGAGCAGAACAGUUGAACCGUGAAUUAGGUCCUUAAAUAGAAUUCAAUGGUGGAUGGUAUAUUCUCUGUUGAUGAAUAGCAUGUAUAUAAUGUGAUUGGACAUGCUGUGUUUUUUUUUUUUUUUUUUUGGGUUGCUUGCUUUGGACUGCUUUCUGACCAUGUAAAAAUGCUGUUAAGACCGUGAAUUUUGUGUAUCUACGUGCUCUGGCCGCAGACAAAAAUGGCUUUAACUGAAUACCUUUUUCUUUC